AUGGCAUCUCUCAUACCUGGAGUUCUACUAAAGCUUCUCCAAACAAUGAACUCCAAUGUGAAAAUCCGCGGCGAACACCGAUCAGUCCUUCUGCAAGUAAUCAGCAUCGUGCCCGCAUUAUCGGGUUCUGAAUUAUGGCCUAACCAUGGUUUCUUCAUAAAAGUAUCAGAUUCUUCUCAUUCAACCUAUGUCUCACUUUCAAAACAAGACAAUGAGCUUAUUCUGAAUAAUAAGUUGCAGCUUGGACAAUAUUUCUACGUGGAUCGGAUUGAGUCCGGUACGCCUGUCCCGGUUCUUGUCGCGGUUAGGCCUAUUCCUGGAAGACACCCUUUUGAAGGUAAUCCUAAGGAUUUAAUGCAAAUGUUGGAGUCGUCAGAAGAUGGUAAAGCGCAUUCUGAUAACAACGGAGUAAAUGAUUCGAAAUCCGCGGAUGUCAUAGAAGCCAAAGAGAAUACAAGUUCAAGGCAGAAGAUUGUUAUUAAAGAAGAAAAAGUUGGUGUUGCAUCAAGGUACAUGAAGGGUGUUCUAAAUCCAAAUACCAAAGCGAAUGUGACAGAUACUAAUGUUGGAAGCAAAGGAAAUGAUUCGGAGAAUGGCGUGGAUGGUAAGAAAUUGGGAUCUAUAAAAGGAAAGCAACAAGAGAUUCAAGGUCAGGUACUCUCAACGAGCUCAACUCGUACGCGAUUUGAAGUACUUUCAACAAAACAAGACACUGGUCAAUCAAACAUUCAGGAAACAAUCAUGCAACAUUCGAAAAGCACUUCUUUCAAGCGCAGUUCUACUAAACAGGAAAAUUUGAACUCGAACUUUUUGUCCAAUACUCAAGAUAAAAUCAAUUACACCGAAGCGAUUUCUUGGUCCACUUUGCCAGCCAAACUUUUAAGGCCUGGAAAGGGUAUUCUUAGAAGGAAACAACUAGCUUCUAAAGUUGUAAUAGAAGCCCAAAAAGAAGCAUCUGAAGCAGCAAAGAUAGUCAAAUGCUUAAGUAUGUUUGCAAAUAUCUGCUCUUCUGCCGGAUCAGAGAACCCGCACAUCACACUGGACAAGUUUUUCGCACUUCAACAGCUCAUAGACAAGCCAAACGUUACAACUCAGUCGAAAGCCAAAUCACUUCAAUCAAAUAGCACUCAAUCUCCUACAGAAAAACAUAAACAUAGCAAAAAAUCAGGUUUAGUGCAUGCUAAAAACACGUCGAAGUCUCCAAAAUCCUUAACCGAAUUAUCAGUGACUGAAAAACAAGAAUGGGCCAAAGAGAAUGGAUUUUCAAGGGCAUUCGAAGAGAAGGGCAAGGAAAGUAAGGCUAUUGGAGGAAGAGAUACAGCGCGCGCCAACCACAUUGCGGUGACGUUGUCGCACCUUAAGCAUGCAAAUGAGUGGCUAGAAAAACUGAGAAGUAGCUUAAACUCAGAAAACGAAGGACUGGUGGAGACUAUUGACAGAUUGAAGCAAAAAAUUUAUUCUUCCUUACUUGUACAUGUUGAUUCUGCUGCAUUUGCUUUGGAAAAUCGAGGUUGA